AUCAAGCAAACCGCACACCAGCGUUUUAGCCAACAAAAAGCAACCGAGGCCAACCAAAGAGGGGCGGAUUAGCAAAGAUGGGGUGCGCGAUGAGCCGUCUCGUCAAGGCUACGAUCGCCGUAGUUAUCCUGGCGAUGCUAUUCAUGCCCGCUGCCAUGGCGGCAACCGUCGCGAGCUUUGACGCCACCCAGAGCCAGCGGAUACCGCUACCGGACGGAUCCGUUAGAGGACCAGAGAGCGUUGCGUUCGACGGCAAAGGCCAGGGUCCGUACAGCAGCGUUUCCGACGGCCGUGUCCUGAAGUGGAACGGCGACGAGCUCGGCUGGACAACAUACACCUCCAGCCCGGACUACAACAGCGAUGCCUGCAGGUUUGCCAAGCUCCGUCCGGCGACCAACCCGGAGACCCUCUGCGGCAGGCCGCUCGGCCUGCAAUUCCAUCACAAGUCCGGGAAUCUAUACGUGGCGGACGCCUACAAGGGGCUCAUGCGAGUCGGACCUGGUGGAGGGGAGGCCACGGUGCUGGUCAGCGAGAUUGAUGGUCUACCUCUCCGCUUCACCAACGGGAUUGAUAUCGACCAGAUCACCGGCCAAGUCUAUUUCACAGAUAGUUCCAUGAACUACGACAGGUCGCAGCACGAACUGGUUACAAACACGCACGACGCAACAGGCCGUCUAUUGGUGUACGAUCCCCAAACGGGAGAUGUCCAGGUUCUCCAAGCUGGCUUGGCAUACCCAAACGGCGUUGCUAUUAGCUACGACCGGACACACCUCGUGGUCGCGUCUACUGGACCGUGCAAGUUACUUCGGCACUGGAUCGAAGGCUCCAAGGCAGGCACAACAGAGCCCUUUGCCGACCUUCCGGGAUACCCUGAUAAUGUGAGGCCGGAUAGGAAAGGUGGGUACUGGGUGGCGUUACACGGCGAGAAGAAUGAGUGGCCUUUUGGCGUUGACAACCAUCUGCUCGCUGUGAGGGUUGGACGCGACGGGAAGAUAGUUGAAGAGAUGAGAGGCCCCAAAAGAGUUAAACCAUCCGAGAUAAUGGAGAGAGCCGAUGGCAAAUUAUACAUAGGAACCAUGGAUGGGCCGUACGUCGGUGUAGCUACACGGACAUAGGAGUUGGCUGUCUAUAAUUCUACAUUGCUUCGGUCAAGCUAUCUGCCUUAUGUUGGUUUAGUAGUUAUUAGCAAAUAGGACUUUUCAUCACUAUCUACGUUUUGUUCCUAGGCGUAUUUUUAGCUUUUCUUAUGUGUAAUGCUCACCUUUCUUAGGCAUAUUUUUAAAGCCCUUUUCUUAUGUGUAAUGC